CGCACCGUUUCCGUGAAACUAGCAAAGGCUUGGUAGCGUCAUGGCUCGUGCCUGGCGAAGAUUGGCAGCAGCCUCUCGCGCCUGCCUAACUGCAACUGCCAUCCCUGCCAUAUCUGCGGGCGCAAAUCUGAAGUCAGCUAGAUGCUCGGGGGCCUCCCAGGCACAUGAUAAGAAGGCUGCCGCAACUGCGCUUUGGAUAGCUGGGUCCUCGCAGGGAUGCAGCAAGACUAUGCCUUGCACACUUGACUUCUAUGGCGGGGUCAUCAUAGACCCUCUUGGAGUUCCCAGAGAAGAAUCAGCAUUUCGCCAGCUGCUAGCUUCGUCGCUUGACGAGUGGUCCACACAGCAGAAACGUGGCGUGUGGCUACAACUGGGCAUUGAACUGGCGUACCUCAUUCCGAUUGCAACCGCCGAGUUUGGUUUCGAAUUUCACCAUGCGGAGCGUGGUCAUGUGAUGCUGACCAAAUGGUUGCCCAAGGAUUCGCAAAGCACCUUGCCACCCAAUGCAAGCCACACAAUUGGAGUCGGCGCAGUUGUUACCAACGACGAGGGCAAGAUCUUGCUCGUCCGAGAGAAGUCUGGGCCGGCUGCUCAAGCUGGAUUUUGGAAGAUCCCAACUGGCUUGGCAGAUCCCGGGGAGGAAAUCCACGAAGCCGCCGUGCGAGAAGUCAGGGAGGAGACUGGCAUCAAAGCUGCUUUUGAGCACUUUGGAGCUUUCACAGUCAGCCACGGCGGAAAUCUCGCUCAUGCUGGCAAAAGCAACAUUUACUUCGUUGUCAAGUGCAAGGCGCUAACAAAUGACAUUCAAUCCUGUGAAAGUGAGAUUGCUGAUGCCCGCUGGUUUUCCAAGGACCAGUUUGCGAGAUGGACCAGCCCAUAUGAAAAACAUUUGUGGAAGCAGAAGCAUAAAGAAACUGCAAAAAGGGUAGGGGAUCCUGAAUCGCGAUUGCUGUGGCCAGUUUAGGCAUGUUGCCAGCUCAUUGAACUUGAAGAAUUCGGCCUGUGCACACCUUCAAAGCCAUACAAGGAGGAGUGGCAGUCGCUUCCGUUCCCAAAACGCGGGACAAUUUGGGAUGAGCUCAAUCGGUCUGCGCUUGACACCGAGGCUGCCGUGGCUGAACUCUGUACAUGCGCGCGCAUGAAGUUUCCAAGAAACAGGCCGUCAUUUCCACGAAGACCUUACCCACUGGCAGAGCCGACAUUGAUAGAACGUUUCACUAUCCCGUGAACCGAUCAUCGCUCUAGUUUUCCAGCACGCAGUGCUGCAUUUUCGCUUGCCAUACUCAGUGGUGUCAGCUGAAAUUGAAGAGUUCAAGAUCUAUUGUUCGCACAAUAGCAUAGCGCGGUGGGCCUACUUCGUCAAGGGUGGUGAGGCAGUGAGCGGAAUGUGUU